AUGGAUCUAGAGCCGAAGGAGCUCCAAUUCCCGGGUUCCGUGGGGAUCUACCAUGAGGCGUCCAAGAUCGUGCUCUCAUGGCGACGUUUCUUCUCCCAUAUCGCCCUCGUCCUCCCCCUCUCCAUCCUCUACCUCGCUCACAUCUACGUCUCCCACCUCCUCUUCUCCAAGAUCGACCGCAACAAGGACGCCCUCGACGAUGCCUUCCCGGGCUCCCCCUCCGAAUCCACCAUCCUCUCCCGCCUCUUGUCCAAAUGGUCCGCCUUCCUCCUCUUCAAGGCCGCCUACCUCCUUGCCCUCAUCCUCUGCCUCCACUCCACCUCCAUCGUCGUCUACUCCAUUGCCUCCAUUUACACCGCCAAAGAGCUCUCCUUCUCCAAGGUCCUCUCCAUCAUCCCUAAGGUCUGGCGCUGCCUCAUGGUCACCUUCAUCUGGGCCUUCCUCCUCGCCUACAACAUCGCCUCCCUCUUCGUCAUCAUCCUCGCCAUCCUCCUCCUUGGCCCCAUUGCUGCCGACGUCGUGCCUUUGUCGACGAUGCUCGCUGCUCCCUCGACGGACCUAAACCGGACCCGAACCAAAUCUAAACCGGGCCCGAAUUUUUUGGGUCGAUCCGGGUUAUACAUGGACCUGACCCGACCCGAAUGA